UAAAAUGGAUGCACUCGCUUUGCUUCAGGCAUGCAGAACUCUCUAAAACAACGAUGUAUUUAAUGUACAUGUUUUAAAGUAUUGCUGACAAAGCUUUAUUUGGCCUCCAUUAGACGAGAGCACACAAGAGGGGGCUGGCUGCACAGUGUUGUUCGUCAGUAUGUAUGCGUGUUGGGGGAGGGAGGUAGUACCUCAGUCCUCGUUGUCAUAGCAACUAUAAAAGGUUGAGUAAUAUUUUAACAUAGGGGUUGGAUUGUUUGUCAGUGGAAGCCACGUGACAUGUCGCUGGGGUACGGGGGCACUUCCUGUUUUACUCUACUGAGACUUGAGCCGCUGUUGUCAGUUUUAACAAAAUGGCUGCUGGAGCGCCGCAGACGAAAGCCCAGUGAACGCUUCACGUCAGUGCUUUAUCAUUUUAAAUGGAUGCAUUGGAAUUUUCCUACUCGCUAAGCAUCGGUACAUUUGCUCGUGUAGACUCGUUUGCAUGCUUUUUAGCGAAUUAAAGGCAUGCUAACAUAUUUCCCUUUACGCACUUUAUACAUCCAAACAUCGACUUUCUCGAUGUGAAAACGUCAUUCAAAAUAGCUCAAACUGCCCGUGUGUGUGUGUGUGUGUGUGUGUGUGUGUGUCGCGCGCGCGCGCGCGUCUGUGUGAGCGCGCGCGUGUGUAGUUGCUCCUAAAAAUUUCCGAAAUGUCACAGCUGAUCAACCUCAAGCUUUCUAGAUGAUGCGCAAAAUCGUCGUUCAAAGUCCUUUUCACUGUUUGCACUGACAUUUUAAAAGAGAUUUCCUCCUGGAUAAAUUCCACUGUCUUGCAUAUUGAGAGGUGAAUUCAUCAACUGGAAAGUCAAGCUCGCCAUUGCAGCUCACUGCAUGAGUGAGUGUCUGACUGCGACUGAAGAAGAAUAUCUGAUCAGUGUCAGUACGGGUAUCGACAACAUCCUCCUUCACCAUGCAGCUCGCGCAUCAGAUUUGAACAGCAGACCACAAUUGCUCCGUGUGCAAAAUAAAGCCUUGGAACAAAACUAGAAACAGAAGAGGAGAACCAUUUGAUGGAAGAAAAGAAAAAGCAAGACGAAAAGAAAAAGGAAGCUGCUCAGAAAAAGGCUGCUGAAGAGAAAACCAAAGUGCCAGACUUUGCCAAGCCCAGCCCCAUCCCUCCCCCCCCCACCAACCCCAGCACCGCCAUCAACCCUGUGCAACCAGGCAGCAGCACUGGUGGCAAUGGCAAGCGCGCACCCUCCAGCAACCAACAACAACAGCAGCAGCCAGCAGCCCCACGCUACCCGCCCAGAGAGGUGCCCCCUCGCUUCCGUCAGUACGAACACAAGCAGCUACUAAAGCGGGGCCAACCUCUGCCCGCAGGGAGCCCAGUGCUUGCACACCCAGCCUCCUCCAGCCCAACGCCUCAGCUCUUCUCCUGCCAGACCCACCUAGAGCUGCCCCCACAGAGUGGCCUGGCAGCCCAGUAUGAGAAUUUACCCCCCAUUCACAGUGCCAUUACAGCCUCUACCAACAGCUGUGGCAGCUGGGAUCCACUGAUUAUUGACGAGAGUGAUACUGAGGCGUGGCCUUCCAUUUCAUGCAAAGAAAGCCACGCUUCUGCAGGAUGCCCCUUGGACACUGAAAGUAUCAGUGGCGUUAGCAGCACAAGAAGCAUGAGCAUGGCCACAGGAGCUGGCCACCAAGGACAUUUCUCUGCCAAUCACCCCAGCAAAGCCAAUGCCAGCCACUCAGGAGGUCUGCUCUCUAGUCAGGGUGGGUCCAGCAGAGGCUGGGGCUCUGGCCCAUCUCCUGCCAUUGGAGGGGAAGGGAAGAAUGAAGUCUCCAGCACAUCAAUGGGAGCCAGGGGUUGGGGCUCCUCCAACUUUAACUUGAACUUAAACCCCAACGCCAACCCCUCUGCCUGGCCAGUUCUGGGACACAAAGGGAGUGGCAUGGGUGGCUGCAGCUCUGGAGGAAACAACCCCCCUCCUUCUAAUCUUUGUAGCCCACCGGGCGCUCUGUCCAGCCAGGGCUCUAGCAGCAGUGGCAGUAUAGGUGGUGCCAAUGGAAAUUCUGCAGGUAGUGGCAAUGGCAACACCACAUGGGGUAGCAUUGUGCCCAGUGACUCCUCAGAGCUACACUCCACCCCAUCCACAAAUGUGUCUUUCAGCUCCGAACCUCCGAACCUUAACACUGAUGGACCAAAUCACACUAAGCAGGAGCCCAGAAGCCCUGGCCACAGCCUGCCUAACUGGGGGGUUGGCCCUGCAGGCAUGGGUUCAUUUGUUCAAUCUCCAGGAGGAACCUCCCAGGUCAAUGGAGAGGAGGAACCUGUUUGGGGUAAUGGAGAUGCCAAGUCUGUUAGUGGGUCAAAAAACUCUGGUUGGGACUCAGGGAGCAGCUGGGGACAGGGAGGGGCCUCAGGCACAGCUGGCUGGGGACAAGCUGCUUCCACUGGAGACUGGGGUAAGCAUUCCAACAGUGAGGCCAAAGGAUGGGAUUCUUCAGGCUCUCCCAUCCAAGAGCAGCAGCUCAAUUCCUGGGUCCGUGGGGCCAAUGCUCCAGCCAGUGAGGGAAGCAGUGACAGCAUGGAAUGCCAUUCUCACAGGAGGGACCACUCACCAAGGGAUGAGGCCCCCCCAGUUCUACCUGUCCAGGACAUGGAUCCCAGGGUUCUGUGCAACACGGGUUGGGGACAGACACCUGUUCGCCAGCACACCGCUUGGGAGACAGAAGAAGCUGCACGCUCCAACCGCAAGAAUGACAUUGGAACUGAAGCCUGGGGCUCGUCCUCAAAUACAGUCAGUGCAGGACCAGUGCCAUCUUCUGGUAGUGCCAACCCAAACUCUAGCACUGCAUCAAGACCUGACUCUGGGGGCAAGAAUGAUGGCCCUUGCCCCAGUACUGGACCUGCACCAGGCUGGGGUACAGCCAUGCAAUCACCCCAGGCUGGCUCUGGUUGGGCAGAUCCAACCAGCAACAAGAAACUUUCCAGUGGUUCUGGAAGCUGGGGCAGUACCCCACCUGGAGGUCCAAGUGGCAACCUACAGAAGAGUGGUCAGACUUGGGGUUCUGAGGAGAAAUCUCCUACCUGGGAAGACAGUCAUUCUAAGGCCAAACCACAGGGGUGGGCUGAGGGGCCCAAACCAACUCAUGGAUGGGGCAACGGACCUGGUGGAGAAUGUGAGUCGGGAGGAGAAUGGGGUGAACCUGGAGAUGGCAAGAAAAAUGGCCCAUCCAGCUCUUCUUGGGAGGCAGAAGGAACAGGCUGGCAUGAGGGCUCCAGAGGAUGGGGUAAGCCUGCCCCGGCAGUAGGAGGAAACUGGGGAGAUGCACAACGCCCCAGUGUGCCACUACAAGGAUGGAAUAACAAGCCUCAGCAGGGCACCAAUGGCAAUAGUGGCAGUGCAAGCAUGGGUUCUUGGGGAGGUCCUAGCACUGUGAAGCAAAGUGGCUCUGGAUGGACUGGAGGAAAUGGUGGAGGUGUUAAACCUGAACACACUGGAGAGCCUACUGGAUGGGAGGAGCCCUCUCCACCCUCCAUCCGUCGAAAGAUGGAGAUUGAUGACGGUACCUCAGCAUGGGGUGACCCAAGCACUUACAACAAGACAGUCAAUCUCUGGGACAGGAAUAAUCCUGGGAUGCAAGGCAAACCAGGCCCUGGCAAUGCCAACAAUGUACCCAACAACCAUCAUCAUAACCCCCACCAUAAUCAGCCUCCCAUACAGACUCACAACCAUGGAGGGCCAAACUCAAACAAUAACCACAUUUCCCCAGAUAAUGCUGGCCCACAUCUAACAGGGCCGACACACACUAGAACAGCCCCCAUGAAUCCAGGAUGGGGGGAGAUGACAAAUGUCCAUUCGAAACCUGAGCCCUCAUGGGGGGAGACAGCCACCCCUGCUGCAAGUGUGGACAAUGGCACUUCAGCAUGGGGCAAACCCCAAGGUGGAUGUGGAGGCUGGGGUGAUAAUGGUCCUGAGGUCUAUGGUCGAGGCAACGGACCUCCUGGAUCUGCCCCCUGCAAACCUGCCCCCAAAUCUAUGCAAGAUGGUUGGGGAGGUGGUGAGGACAUGGGCCUGUCUGCGGGGCAGUGGGAGCAGGAUGAGGGGGACAUGUGGAACAGCACUGCAUCUCAGGAGAGCAACUCCUCAUGCAGCUCCUGGGGCAACCCACCCAAGAAGUGCCCACCAAAGGGAAAAGUCCCAAACAAACAGGAUGAUGCCUGGAUUAUGAAUCGUCUGAUCAAGCAGCUGACUGACAUGGGCUUCCCGAGAGACCCUGCGGAGGAGGCUCUCAAAAGCAACAAUAUGAACUUGGAUCAGGCCAUGAGCGCCCUAUUGGAGAAGAAGUCCGAACUUGAUAAACGGGGAAUGGGAAUCUCUGACUACAACAACGGCCUAGUCAAUAAACCAAUGGGCUGCAGGCCUUCAGUCAUCUCCAAAGAAUCCUCCUCAGAUCGUCCCCCCUUCAUGGAUAAGGAUACUGGGCUAGCAGAUGAUGCCCAAACCUCACCGUUUAUGCCUUCUCCGAGCCUGAAGCUCCCAAUGGGUAAUGCUGCACUCCCUGGCCAUAGCCUUGGAGUUGCCAUGCAAAACUUGAACAACAGACAGAUGCAGAGUGGAGUGUUUGGUAGUAGCGGAGCAGCACAAGCCCGGGCCCUGCAGCAGCAGCCUCCUCCCCAGCCGUCAGUGCCACCUCUCAACUCGUCCCAGCCUAGUCUACGCGCUCAAGUGCCUCAGUUUCUCAGCCCUCAGGUUCAAGCACAGCUUUUGCAGUUUGCAGCAAAAAACAUUGGUCUCAAUCCUGCACUUUUAACCUCACCAAUAAACCCUCAGCAUAUGACCCUGUUGAACCAACUUUAUCAGCUGCAACUGGCGUACCAGCGUUUACAAAUUCAGCAGCAGAUGUUGCAGGCACAGCGCAGUGUUUCUGGACCCAUCCGACAGCAAGAGCAGCAAGUUGCACGUACAAUCAAUAACAUGCAGCAACAGAUUCAGCAGCACCAGCGGCAGCUGGCUCAGGCUCUGCUGAUGAAACAACAGCAGCAGCAGCCGCCCACCUCUUACCCGGGCCUGCAUUCCAGCACAGGCAAAUCAGCUCUGGACACGUUUCCAGUCCACCCCCAGGCCUCCAGCAUCUCUGUUUCCGACCUUCAGACCAAAGAACCGCAAUCUUCUCCCAACUCCUUUUCCCCCUACCCUAUGUCUGGAUUGAACCCUAACAUGAAUGUAAACAGCAUGGAGAUGGGUGGCCUGUCCAUGAAGGACUCUCCUCAGCCCCAGUCACGCCUGUCUCAGUGGACACACCCUAACUCCAUGGAUAACCUCUCUGGUAACUCCUCUCCAAUGGAGCCCAACUUCAGCAAGCAUGGUUCCAUCUCUGGUGGUCCCAAUCUGGGUCCUCCAAGCAAGCCCCCACUGGACGACUCCUACAACCCCUACAAUCUGAUUCCCAGCUCUGAGUCUCCUGCCAGCCCUUUGGCACAUCAUGAUAGCUGGGGCCAGAGCAAGAACACCAAUGACAAGAUCUCCAAUGGGACCAAUGUCAACUGGCCUCCAGAGUUCUGCCCAGGAGUGCCCUGGAAAGGGCUGCAGAAUAUUGACCCUGAGACUGACCCCAACGUGACCCCAGGGAGUGUUCCCAGUGGGCCCACCAUCAAUACCAACAUUCAGGAUGUUAACCGCUAUCUACUGAGAGACAGGAGUGGAGGUUCCACCCCAACUUCCUUACAGAGUGAGGCUCUGCCUCCCUGCUGCAACAGGCCAGUUUCUAGCUCUUUCAGUUUGUCUUACCCUGAGGCAGACAACACAGGCAAGCUGUCUGACAUUAAGUCCACCUGGUCCCCGGGGCCCAUCUCACACACGCAGGCUUCUCUGUCCCAUGAGCUUUGGAAAGUCCCUCAAGGACCCCGGAACACAACGGCUCCCACCCGGCCACCCCCAGGCUUGACCAACACCAAGCCCUUGUCCACAUGGGGCGGAAACACUCUUGGCUUGGUGGCUGGCUGGAGCAGCUCCUACUCAUCAGUAGGUACCACAUGGAGUACAGAUAGCUCCAGCAGAAGCACUAGCUGGUUGGUUCUGAGAAACCUCACCCCACAGAUUGAUGGUUCUACACUGCGGACACUGUGCAUGCAGCAUGGCCCGCUCAUCACAUUCCAUCUCAACCUGACGCAGGGCAAUGCUGUGGUGCGCUACAGUUCGAAGGAGGAAGCUGCCAAAGCCCAGAAGUCCCUACACAUGUGUGUUUUGGGAAACACCACUAUUUUAGCAGAGUUUGCUGGAGAAGAGGAGGUGAACCGCUUCUUUGCACAGGGUCAGUCUCUUACGCCCACCACCAGCUGGCAGGCCAACCCUGGCACAAAUCAAACGCGGCUGGGGGGCGGAGGGACGGCGGCCACGCACCCCAUCGGCCACUGGAACAGCAGUAGCUUGGGAGGAGCAGCCGGGACAGGGUCCGGGGGUAAGGCGAGCAACGAGCUGCUGUGGGGGGGUGUACCGCAGUACUCCAGCCUGUGGGGGCCACCCGGCGCUGAGGACAGCAGAGUGGUUGGCAGCCCCACCCCAAUCAAUACACUGCUUCCUGGAGACCUGCUGAGCGGAGAGUCCAUGUGACAGUGCCAAGCACUUGAAAGACAAGCAAACCCCCCACACAGCAAAAUAUGAAAGAUUAAAACAUAACGAGCAAAAACCAAGCAAAUCAUUUGGUGAUAAUCAGCGUCAGUGGAACUGUGAACCAAGAGACAGGAGGCCACAUUUGUGUAGAGGCUGCUGACAUUCUUCCUCUUUUUUUGACUUUUUGUUGGUGUUAUUUGUAUCAUUAGGCUUGGGUUACAGUAUUCUAUAGACUUCUUAUGAAACAAGAAGAAUGGUGACUAAAGAAAAAGUUAACCUUUACCAAGUCUUUUCUCUAAUAACUGAUACCAGUGUGAAAGUGUAUUUUACAACUGAUGAGACAAGCUGCCAUUUUUUUACAUUUCUCUGGCACGAGCACAUCCUGUCAGUCCAAUCACAGCAUAUCACAACUCCCCCUUCCCGAAGAAUCACACAUCAUUCCAAAUAAACCCCCACUCCCUUUUUGUUGGACUGGAUUAAUGGCUUUUUCAGUUGUCUUUUGGAUCGUUUGGAUUAUUUAACAGCACUAAACUUAGCCUUAACUGCUGAUCAGUCCUCACUCCACUCUUAAUCUAGACUUUCUGAAGAAACUCAUUUGAGAAUUGCACAUUUUCUCAUUUCUGAGCCAGUGGAGAGCAAAGGACUGUCAUUUGAUCUCACACAAGCAAAAGCCACAGCGUACACGCAUUUGUCCUCCCUCUUUUCCUCAGUUGCCAUCCUGUCCUCCGUACUCUUCAUAGGACAGACAGGUAUCUGGCCCCUCUGCACAUUUGAGGCAUUUGCUUUUAAGCAGAAGGACAGCUGAGGGCAUGUGUGUGUGUGCUAAAUAUAUUAACCACUGCUCAUGAAAACUGUAUAUGAAACACUUUCAAUGGGAAUGGAUGGACUACUUUCGAGGUUAAUCCAUUUCUUGUAUCUCGCUUUCGUUUUCCUAAAUGACCUCAGCCUUUUAAGGCCCGACGGUCUCUCAAAAGCAUCAUUGUCAUUUGUCUGACGUGCAAUAUAUGCCACAGACUCUUCCGUCCAUCUUUACCCAUUGCUUUUGCUGAUAAAAUGGUAGGAGCUUCUUUGGGGAUGGCAGAAUCAAAGACUCGUCUCCUUUCAUGUCCACUAAGUGUGGGACUGAAAAGAAGAGAAGUUGUCAUUUUUCAGUGUGUAAGCCCAUGGUGAUGAGACAUUCACAAGCACUUCCUCUACACACUCAAGGACAGUGACUACAGGGGCACAGGGGCUUCAAACCAAAUUAGAGGUGUUUCUUGUAACCCAGUAGACAAAGUGCUUUUUGUUUUCUGUAUUUGGUACAAAAGUAUGGAACAAAGACUGGUUUUAAAAGGGGAAGUUUAUUCAUAGCACUUAGCAAGAGCAUCAAGCUCCAACUUCAAUGCCAACAAAUUACACAUGGAUGUGUGAAACUGACAAAAAAAGCAACGAUGAAAAGCAAUCUACAGAACUUCUCCAUGCUCCUUUUUGAAUUCUAAAUAGAUUUUGGCAUUUAUUUUCUCGUCUUGUCUUUCCAUGGUCUUUUGACUUCAAAUCUCAAAAUUUCAAAAAUGGUAGCAAAAUGAAGGGAUGUCUGAUGAGAAAAAACAUGAGACUGAAGCAUUCACAUGUUUUUUUCUUUAAGAUAUAUAUCAAAGUAAAUAUCACUGUUACAGUACUCCAAAAUCAUUAGCCUUUUUGUCUGGAGAUGCUAGACAUGUUGUAAUGUUCUAAUGGAUUCUGCGGGGCCCUGCCUCCCUGGAGGCCCUGCCUACCUGUAUGAUAAGUGUGGCCAUUGAGUGCCUAUCUGCUGUGGCACCUCGGGGUGCCCACACUCUGACUUUUGAUUCGCUGUGCCAGGCCAGCGCACCGGAUGCCAGAACGGACCUGCCACUGUACACAGCGGCUCCUUCGGACCUGGCCAACGUACUACUGCGCCAGCACUCGACCUCGUCUCAACUUCACUCUCAUAAACUCUCCCUCUCAUGCAAAGAUCACUUUAGCUGGAAGUGGACAGGUUCGUUUUUAUGUCAAUUUUAUGAUCGAUUGGGUUUUUCCCUCCUGGAAUUGCCAGUGUUUCUUAAUUUUUUGUCAACAUUGCUGUUGUUAUUGUUGUUUGCUGUUGUUGAAUGUUAUUGUUAUUUUGCGCUUUUAUUUUUUUUAGUUUGUGUGUGUGUCAAUGCAGUGGUCUCUAUGGUAGCUGCUCUCACCAGCCCCUUUUGCUGCGCAUAUGCAGAAACACUCUGAUUAAGAGGCACACCUCAGUGUAAAUGACGACUGCUAAUGUCGCCAUGGCAAUUGAUAAAGAAUCAUGUGUAGUGACAGACAUGUUAUUUGUGGUUGCUCUGAAAGAGAUAGUUCACACAAAAAUGAAAAUCUUGUCAUUUAUUUGGCCUAUUAUCGUUCCACAUAACUUUCUUCCAUGGAGUGCAAAAAGAGAUGUUAGGGCUGCAUGAUUGUGACAAAAAUCAAAAUUGCAGAUUAUUUCCCUUAAUAUUGUGAUUGUGAUUAUUUUCAACUAAUAGAAAAUACUUGAAUUAAAAUUUUUGGGUGAACUGUCCCUUUAAGGAUUAGGGGCAGACAGAAGUGGCGAAAUGAAGUGUAGGUUCAAGUGUCAGUGGUGCUCAGUUUGUUUUCUGCUUCUCCAUCACUCCCCAUCUCUCUCUCUCUGCCUCUCUUGUGCACUUUCCUCAACUCCGUCUCAGCCCUGCCAGGCCACACUUACACUGGUGCUUAUGACAAAGGGCAGGCAGAGUACACUAUUUUACCUGGUCACCUCUUCUCACAGUAAUAAAAGCAAACGAUAAUGGAGACUCAGCUCUCUACUUCUAUGCAAAGACCGACCGAGAGGUGCAGUUCACAGCCUUCAGCUCAAAUCUGUAGUUCUCUCUAAGCCCACUCUUCAACUGACCAGUUCCAAUCUGAGCAGGCAGCUUCCUUGUAGCGUGGCCUAAAAUAAGAAACUGGCCUCACAUGUUUGAACUGAAGAUCAGGCCCUCUGUUUAUUCUCUGGAUAAUCGCUUACAUUAUGUACAUGCAGUCUCAGGGCAGCCUCAGAGAACCGCAAACUUUUUUAUCUUUUAAGAGGAGGCUUCUGUUUUUUUUAUAGAAUUACUUGAUGUGGUUUUAAAGAUGCUCUAAAUCCUCGAAAAUGAAAAAGUGAGCGAGUAUACUUGGAAGAGAAGUCUCUGUUCUUGAUCUUAGAAGAAAAUGUUAACCUAGAGGUAACUUGAACAUUGCUUUAUUUGGAUAUCAAUUAAACUGGGACUCCAUAUUUCCUUACAUUUCUUUUGAUGUUGUCUUUACUAAGAGAUGUUUAUGUGAAGAGCACAUGGAGAUGGAGAGGUAGAAUGCAGGUUGGCACCAAGACGGACGGGUAGCACCUUGUCCCAGGUAUCAAAUACACACCUGGGAGAACUGCUGAGAAUUAAACAGGGAAUACAGAAUGUUUAGGUUUACUGUAGAUGGUUCACAUUGGGUACAUCUUUUAUUUAAACCAAAAAGGGUUUUGUCUCAUUGUUUAAAAAAAAAAAAAAAAAAAAAAAAAGAGGAAACUUUAAUUCUGUAGUACACUCUUGACUGAAGUGCUUCUCUCUGCAAGCCUUGAUGCCCUGAUGUGGCAGAAAGAUGACUCUGGGGUUGCUGUAUUGAUGGUAUUAAAUUCUGUCCUGAUCCAGUACUUAGGGGAUGGUACGGAUGUUUUUUUUUUUUUAUUGUAUCAGGGGCACAUUGCCAGUUGAUACCAAGUCUUAAAAGGGAGGGGAAAAAAUCCCUUUCUGGAAGAUAUUGUUUUUCUUUUUUUACUUCAAACUCGAGUGACACUAGCAACAAUCACUAUUGCCUGUUUUUGAAGAUAUAUAUUUAUAUUUUUAACUGCCUUUCUCUAAGCUGUACCCAAGACCACAGAUUGAAAAAAAAAAUAUAUAACAUCCAAAACAUGUUGAAAAUUCAGAGGAAUGCCUGGCAGACUAUAGCCAGCUAGCCAAUAAAUGCCCAGUUCUCCACUGUGGGCAUACUUGGUCUUUAUAUGUAGGACUUAUGUACUCCAACUCCACGAAAAAGGCUCAAAUGCAACUUGUGUAGGUAAGAAGGCUGUUUUGACAGGGCCUUGGUGGAGAUGAGCUCUAAGAAAAACAAAUCCUCUUUCUUAGGGCCCUGGCUAGAAUAUGCACAUGCUGGUUGAUAUACAUGUACAUCUGAAAUCCUGUGUAUGUAUAUAACUGGUUACCUUUUUACAUUUACCUUAACUUUUUUCAGGCCCAAGAAACAUCCACUCCCAUUUCCUUCUCUCCAUUAAUGACCUAAAUGAUAAAAAUCAUAAACAUAUCAAAAUUAUACAAAUGAAAAAAAUACAAAUACUUGAAUCUAAAGAAGCGCCAAUAAUGUAAUGUGAAAAUUGUUUUGUAAUAAUUUUGUCAUUCAUACACUUCCAAGCUUUUUGAUAACAUCAGUUUAAACUGAAUGAAAAAAAAAACUUCGCUUAAAAAAAAAAAAAAAAAAAAAAAUGCAAAAUGACAUCGGUUGUGAGUGUUUGCACAAGAUUGUGUGUACUGUAUGAAGGAUGAAUGCGUUUGUUUGCCUGUAUGAGUGCUGAAAGGUUCAAACCAAUGUAUGCUUGUGAUUACAGUGGAAUUGUUUGCGCCUUUAGGUUUCAUUUUAAGCAUCUUAGAGGUUUUUGUCUCUUUUGUUGGCUAGUCAAAAAUAUAUUCAGAUGUGUAUUAUUGUAUUUUUUAUUAGCUUUGUUAUUAGAGUUGCACUGAGUGUCUGCUUCCCCUCAUUCAGCUAAUUGUACAACAUGAUAUUAAAGUACUAAGGGGACAAGGGGACAAUUCAUGUGUAAAUGUUUACUUGAGGACUUAUUGAGAAAAAUAAUGUGUUUUUUUGUUUUGUUUUUUUUUAAUCUGUAAUAUGAUUAUCUACCUUAUAGUGGCUUUAUUGUGGAAUAAUCCAUGAACAAGAAAUGGAUUAUUAUGAGCAUUGCACCAUUUUUGUUUUCAGAUUAUAAACAGGAAAAAAAAAGCAUAAUACUAAAAAAAAUGAUAGAAAUACAAAAUGUGGGAAAAAUCUUUUCGAAGAACUGUGGCCAUAGAUUGAUGCAGAGGGCUCCCCAUGUUAUGCCAUGGUGAGCUGGAUAGACAUCUAAAGAAGAGUUUCUUACAAGACUCAUUUCAGAGGUGCCUACCUUUCUGGUUUUGCUUUCUUUUUCUUUUUUUUUUCAUCUUUGUGCAAGGCCACCAACAGUUUACAAGCAUUUCAUGUUUUUCUGAAAUUCAAAGAAAUGAAAUUUGCUAUGAGAAUGUCAGGAGAAAAUGAAAAAAAAAGAAAGAAAAAGCCUAAAGGUCAUAUACUUUCAUUAAAUGAAUAACAAGAAACACUUUACCGAAUGAAGAUUAUUGUGCUACUUGCAAAACUCUGGGAUUGAUCAGUGUUGUCAUGUUUUUUUUGUUUUUUUUCUUCUUCUUCUUCUUCUUACCUUGGCAAUGUUACUUUCAUUAUCAAAGCCUGUGCUUUUUUUUCUCUUCUUUUUAAAGAAAAAAAACAAACAUUUCCUUUGAAAAAAAAAAAGAGAGAGAGAAAAAAAAACAAUUGUUCACUAUCUUGCACACAAAAAAAGUGGAUCAUGUCUCAGGAAGGCAAGGGUUCCAGAGUACCAACUCCACGCCAUUUAAUGUUCGUUUUUAGAGAAAGAGGUUAACAGGAAACUAAUAAGCACUGAAGGUUAUGGAUUUCAGAAGAAGAAAAAUACCGUUGUUUCUAAAUCCGUAGCAGUUACAUAUUUACCAAAUAAUGAACUGUUAAUGAAUGGAGUGCUUUAUAUAUAAAUCUAUAUAUUGAAAUUGCUUUACAUUUUAAACAAAAUGAUCAAUGAUUUUGAUUGUUCAAAAGACAGUGAAAGAACAUACAAAUGAUGUAUGUUGUAAUCUUUAUUGUAUUUUCUUAAUAUGAGGUCCCUUCCUGUUGAAAUCAGGACCAUUGUGCAUUACUAUUUCUUUCCUCUUUUUCAUUUCUUUGUCUCUUGUGGUGGGUAUUUCAUAAUGGAAAUUAAAGAAGUAUGGUUGGGGGCAGGGUUUCUUUGUCAAUUUGAUCGAUUUAAAGAGAGAAAAAAAAGCUGGUUUAUAAGGAUCAUGAUCUAUGCACGGGGGUGGGGGGGUUUCUCUCAUUGGGAUUUUCCUGGGUGUCUUUUCAUUGUGUUCAUUUAUGCUCUGUUGUUUCCCUCCCCCCACUAAACCCAUCCAUCUUAUUUCCAUGUUUCAUGUAUCUUACAUACAGUACAUCGUCAUGCUGUGUAUUCUGAUACCAAUGAGCGUCUCAUUCUGAAGCACUGUGGGGGUCUUUUUGUAGCCUAUGACUUUCAAGUGUGUGAUUGUGUUGGAGAGAGUGCGUGUAUUUUGUGUGCACGCAUGACUAGAAAGAGUGUGGGUGGAGAUACCGGGUUGCUUUUGUCUUUUGAUUUUAAAUGUUAAAGAAUAUGUCUGUACUGAGAUUUUAAGAAGUUAGUGGCUUUUAAUGUUUCCCUCUCCCUCUCUCUCUCUCUCUCUCUCUCUCUCUCUCUCUCUCUCUCUCUCUCUCUCUCUCUUUCUCUCUACUUCUUUCUCCUCAUAGAAUGUGAUUGUUGAUGACAUGCACCGAAAAAAAAUGUUUUAAACUAUGGAGCUUCUUUUAAACAAUUAAUAAAUUGCAUUUUUGUU